GAAAUUACUGCCCGCGUGCAGUGACUGUGGUCCUGGGGCGGUGCAGGAGCAGUAUAAAAGCGGGUCCUUCUCCUGACUCUCUCAUCCACUCCUCUUGCCUCCGUCUCCUUGGGAUCAAGGUGCAGCUCCAUCCACAAGACAUGUCCUGCUACAACCCGUGCCUACCCUGCCAGUCCUCUGGCCCAACCCCGCUGGCCAACAGCUGCAAUGAGCCCUGUGUCAGGCAGUGCCAGGACUCCAACGUUUACAUCCAGCCGUCCCCUGUGGUGGUGACCCUGCCCGGCCCCAUCCUCAGCUCCUUCCCGCAGAACACCGCCGUGGGAUCCUCCACCUCCGCUGCCGUUGGCAGCAUCCUCAGCUCUCAGGGAGUGCCCAUCAACUCCGGGGGCUUUGGUCUGUCUGGCUUGGGCAGCGGCAUCUGUGGCACGAGGAGGUGUUUCCCCUGCUAAAGUUGCUGGUGAUGGCCCUGGGGAAGGAAACCAGGGACACACAAGAUGGGACUGGUCUUGGGAGGGAGAACUGGGUUGUUGGUUUCAUAGGGGCUGAGCAACCCUGGCAUCUGUUGCAAAAGGACAGGGCCAGUCUGGGCUCUCAGGAAGCACGGCCCAUGCCGCCUUUCUCCUCUUCCAGUGCCUCCUGUUCCUCUUGUGUCCUUGUUCUCCUGUGCUCCUCUGGGCUGUGAGUUCCACAAAGUCAGCCUAGGGAGGACCUGCUGGCCGUUCCCCCUCUGUGGGACAGUCAGACGGAGACCUGGUUCAACCUCUUCCACAGCCAUAAGUUACAGAUUCCUGUCUGCCCCUGGUGCUUCCUGCUCCAGGAUCUCCAUUCCGAUCCACCGAUCCACCUCUUUUGCCUCAUUAAAGUUCUUCUGCACCUGA